CUUGCAGUGCCCUACCGAUGCUACAAAGAGCCGUCGAGCGGCUGAAAACGACCUGGAUGAAAACAUGUUUAGCCAGGAUAUUUUUGCAUCCAAGGAUCUUGCAGAAAAAUGUGCUGGUUGUUUACUCCUGAGUAAGGAGGAAAAUGUUGUAAACCUUGGAGGAAAAGGCGGCCGGGGCGAUGGUUGCUCAGGUCCAUGCACAGAUGGAUCCAGGGGCCAGAAGGGCGAGAAAGGCGAGCCGGGAACGGCUUCCAACCGGGGUCAGGCAGCUGGGUACAAGGGAGAAAAAGGUCAGAAAGGGGAGAUCGGUCCGCAAGGCCUGACAGGAACACCGGGGAAGGAUGGUCGGGGAGGGUCCAUCUGCGUCGUCGGCCCCAAGGGACAGAAGGGCACUCCGGGAUCAGUGGGUCCGGAGGGCUUAGCUGGGGAGCCAGGGAAGCCCGGACUUCCGGGUCUGCCAGGAUUCGGAAAACCGGGUCCACCGGGCCCUCCUGGUGAUGGUAGAGGUGAGAAGGGAGACCCAGGACCGAAAGGAGAAGACGGAUUGCCAGGAGACCCGGGACCAAGAGGCCCAGGAGGUCCAAAAGGAGAGAAGGGUGACCCGUGCGAAGUGUGCCCGGUGUUGCCAGCCGACGUCGGCUUGCAGGGGAAGCCCGGUCCUAAAGGAGAGCCCGGAUCGCCGGGGAUCGGAGAGAGAGGACUCCCCGGUGUCGAAGGUGCAAAUGGCAAAGCGGGACAGAAGGGAGAACGCGGAUCAGAUGGCGCCAAAGGAGAAAAGGGAGAACAGUGUUCCGUGUGCCCUACCCUCGGAGAACUCCCACCCAAGUUCAUCCCGGUUGGCCAAACUCAAACUCUGCAGCAGAAGGGAGAGAAGGGGGAACGUGGGAUUGGGCAGAAAGGAGAGCAAGGGGAGCCAGGAAACGUGGGUUCACCUGGCCUUAAAGGAGAGAAGGGUAAUGCUGGCAACGCGGGAGCUGCCGGAAAGCCGGGGAAACCAGGACCGAGGGGGGCUGCGGGGAAGGACGGACAGAGAGGUGCAAAGGGUGAAGACGGGAAGCCCGGUGUGGGAACGCCGGGCCCAAAGGGUGAGCAGGGCAACUGUGGUGUGUGCCAGCCAUCAGAGGUUGGUAGUCAACCGAGUGGCCUGCUUGAGAGAAGAAAAGGUGAACCCGGCCCUCCAGGUCCCCCUGGACCUCCAGGACUUGGAGCUGAAGGCAAACAGGGACCAUCAGGCCAGUCUGGUGCUAAGGGAGAAAAGGGCGAGCAAGGAGAACAGGGAGACAAGGGAUUGAACGGUGACCCUGGAGUCCCGGGUUUGCCUGGAGACCCCGGUCAGGAUGGAUUAAGGGGCUUGAAGGGAGAGAAGGGUGAUUCAUGUACUAGCUGCUCGUCUGCUGGCACGGCGCUGGGUGACGGUGUAGCUGUGCCAGGGCCCAAAGGAGAAAAAGGAGAUCCUGGGUCCCCGGGAGCGGGGAAACCUGGCAAAACUGGAAAUCCUGGCUUACCAGGUGUGCAAGGUCCCUCUGGUCCCAAAGGAAGCAAGGGCGAUGCUGGGGCUGCAGGAGUGGGCCUUCCGGGACCACAAGGCAUUGAGGGACCAAGAGGUCUCCCAGGACUAGUAGGACCCCCUGGUGUUACAGGAUUGCCAGGCUCUGUUGGCCCUGCAGGGGAAAAGGGCUCAAGAGGUGAUAUGGGACUCCCUGGGCCACAGGGACCGCCGGGAUUUGGAGUAGCGGGACCGCCGGGUAAAGACGGAGCCCCUGGGCCCAGAGGGCUUCCAGGAGCUGACGGCGCACCCGGAUUUCAUGGAGCUAAGGGGGACAAGGGGGAACGAGGAGAGUGUAACUGCAUCCCGCCCGGGCCUGCAAUUGUGGGUGGACCUGGAGCCCCGGGAACCCCAACAAACACGUGGCAGCCCGGGCCUCAGGGCCCUCCUGGACCUCCAGGCCCUCCUGGCCCCCCUGGACCUCAAGGAGUCACUGGAAUCCAAGGUCCUCAGGGUAUCCCUGGAAACGACGGCAUACCGGGGAAUCCGGGUUUGCCUGGAAAGAGCAGCUAUAUUGGAUCACACACUCUGCCUCGAGAUACACCUAUAGAAGUGGGAGAUGAGGAUUGUGGAGAGGGCUGUUCUCAGGGUUUGCCAGGGGUCCCGGGCAUGGCUGGUGCCAAGGGUGAAAAAGGAGACCAGGGCAAGCCUGGUGCGACAGUCAUGGACAGCUGUGACAGGUGUUUGGAGAGACUGCAGAGGGCACAGGCAACUGAAGCGACGGGUGAUCGAUCCUGCACCGGAACACCCGGGAUUCCAGGAGUGCCUGGGACACCGGGAAUAAAAGGAGACCCCGGUUCUCCGGGAGAUAGGGGCUCGCCAGGACCGCCAGGAAUCAUGGGACCUCCUGGUUUCCCAGGUCCUCAGGGCCCAUCUGGCUUAUCUGGUCAGCAGGGUGAACGAGGGUCGGCCGGCCUCCCAGGAAUGAAGGGCGAGCAGGGCCCUCCAGGGACGCCUGGUUAUCCCGGAACUAUGGGGCCACCUGGGUUGCCCGGACUGAAGGGUGAGCGUGGAAGCCCAGGAGGAGCUGGACAGAAAGGAGAAUCAGGUCCUCCUGGUAGCCCUGGGUAUCAAGGACAGGCUGGAUCUCCAGGCAUUAAAGGAGACACAGGACCAGCAGGGCCUGUUGGUUCCAAAGGUGAUCAGGGUUUCCAAGGACAGCCAGGUUUUCCAGGACCACCGGGUCCUCCUGGUCCUGCCGGCAAACCUGGCAGAGAAGGCGUCUCUGGGCUCAAAGGAGAAAAAGGUAACGACGGUUCCACAGGUUCCCAGGGACCAACUGGGCCGCCUGGCUCACCAGGAUCUCCAGGCCUGAUGGGACCUCCCGGUAUUGAGGGAAUAGACGGAAAAGAUGGGAAACCAGGACUGCGGGGCGAGGCGGGCCCUCCAGGCCCAGCGGGACCUCGAGGAAUCCCAGGAUUCAAAGGGAAAACAGGACACGUAGGCUUUCCUGGACAGAAGGGAGAUGCCGGGCCUGCAGGCCCACAAGGACCACCCGGCAGGCCAGGACAUGACGGGGACCAGGGUAUCCCAGGACUUCAGGGUCGACCGGGACCUCCAGGCCAGAUCGGUCCCACAGGGCCAGCGGGACCUCCGGGGCCUCCUGGCCCAUCGGGAGUGGGGAUGCAAGGAGAUAAGGGUCCAUCUGGGGAGAGAGGCCUCCCGGGGUUAGUUGGACCUCCGGGACCUCCAGGGCACCCAGGACUUAUGGGAGAGCCUGGCAGCGACGGGGCUGCUGGCAAAGAUGGAACACCAGGCCUGCAGGGGGACAGCGGACAGCCAGGUCAAAAGGGAGAACCGGGGGCCCCUGGACAGAGGGGCUCUCCGGGCGAGCGAGGCAGACCGGGGCCCCCAGGCGGGGGAGGAUAUCUCGGCAAGGACGCCCAACCCAUGAUGGGGCCGGUCGGCCCUAGAGGGGAAAGAGGAAGCCCGGGUUCUGAUGGACUACCGGGACCUCCGGGUUCCCCUGGGUCUCCAGGAAACGAUGCGUUCGUUAAUUACGACGACAUCAAAAACUUCAUUCGGCAACAGGUCAUCAAGAUCUUUGACGAGAGAAUGGGCUACUACAUGUCUCGCAUGCAGAUGCCAGUAGAAAUGGUGGCAUCACCCGGACGACCAGGACCCCCAGGAAAAGAUGGUGUUCCAGGCACUCCCGGACCGCAGGGUCCUCCUGGAGUCCCAGGACAGUUCGGCAGGCAGGGUCGCCCGGGAGGACAAGGACUCCCCGGACCACGAGGACCGCCAGGAGUAAAGGGUGACAAGGGUGUUGGAGAGAUGGGAGACGUGGGACCACCUGGAGCACCAGGCGUUCCAGGCCCUCCAGGCUAUGGUAAAAUGGGACCUCCUGGACCUGUUGGCCAGCAGGGUGUUCCUGGGAUACCAGGCUCUCCUGGACAGCCUGGAGCCAAAGGAAAGGAAGGCCGUUGUAAUCCUGCGGACUGUAUGAGCCAUCAGGUGGACUACAGCCCCAAGGGCCCACCUGUCAAAGGCCCCUGGUAAGGUUCUGCGGGAUGAAGGGAACUGGAGCAAAGAGACUACAGUAUUUGGGGAAGGAAGCAAACCAAAGACGAGGACUCAAAGUUAUUCAGUAAGACCACAUGACAGAAAGCAAAAGUUUUGUUUGUUUGUUUUUUUUUUAACAAAAAAAGAUAUGUGCGAAAAGCACAUUUCCUUCUAAGGGUCCCGCUGGAACUGAGGCCUGCAAAGACACACUGACAGAAAAUUGUUAUUGAACCAUUUUUUUCUCUACUCUUAAAAAUGCCAGUUCAUCGCUUUAA